AUGACCAGUGUCAUAUUCUUUUCUCCAUACCCUGUCUCCCCUUCCCCCUCUCGCCUCUCCCCAUCAACCUCACAUCUGUCGUCACCAGGAGGUGGGCGUAAAGAGCAAGCGGCACAUGAUGCUCAUGCUGCGGAGGCGGGGGUGAAGAGCAAGCGGCACAUGAAGCUCAUGCUGCGGUGGCUCAUGGAGAAGAAUCAGAUCCGCAUCAAGUGCCUCACACAUGACCCCUCAGCGCCACACCAAGCAGGUUCGGCAGGGUCAGCAGGUUCGGCAGGUGGUGCAGCGGCUGCCGCUGCUGCUCCGAGGGGAGCUGGAUCGGGUGCCUUUGCUGCAGCGGCAGCGGGUAGAGUGCAACCGGCUGGCUUUGCUGCCUCACACAUUGCAUGGGCGCCGCAGAUCAAGCCGCUUUCCGGCACCGACAUCCCCAACAGCAAACGUAUGUCCAAGCAGCCUAAAGCGGAAUCCGCUGCUGCGCCAGCCACCGGCUCCGACGACAAUUCCGCCGCUCCUCCCGCCAUGCGCAUGGACAACCGGUCUGGAUGCACGGAAAAUGGUGCCUGCGCGGUUGCGGUGACAAUAGAAGGGGUGGACGAGCGGGGAGACGUGCAAGCUGUCGAGGCUUUGCGGCUGGAGGAAGCGGGGAAGGAGCAGAGAGAGGCGGAAGGAGGCGCAGAGGAGGAGGACUUGAUUCUCACGGGAAGGGAGGUUUGCGUUUUCGACAACCGAGGGAUUGGCAACAGCACGUGUCCCACCGACAAGAAUGCGUACACAACUGCGAUCAUGGCGAUGGAUGCACUGCAUCUGGCGGAUCACCUCGGCUGGACGCAUUUCCACCUUGUUGGCCAUUCCAUGGGCGGUAUGAUCGCCAGCAAAGUGGCUGCCACCGCUCCCCACCGAGUGAAAUCCCUGGCGCUUAUCAGCGUCAGCGGUGGCGGCUUCGACCUCUUACCCAGGCUUGACAGCCGGCUCUUCUCGGUGGGAGUGAGGAUGAUGAAGGCGCGUACGCCCGAGAUGAGGGCGCACGUGGACCUGGACACGCACUUCUCGCGGGAGUUCAUGGACGAGGUGGCUGGCAGCUCGUCGCGGAGGGACCUCCUGCACGUGGAGUACGUGCAGGUUCUGUCGGAGCCAGGGGCAAUGCAGCCACCGCACGCUGCGAGCGGGCAUUUCAACGCGUGCUGGACCCACAAGCUGACCCGGGACAAUAUUGACAGCAUCUGCAGCGCUCGCAUCCCUACUGCCGUGAUCCAUGGAGUGGAUGACAUCAUAGCACACGUCUCCCUGGGUGAGCGCGUCGCCAAGCGCCUGGCAUUCGUGGCCCGGUUCAUCCCACUCCUAGGGGCGCACAUGGUGGUGCGGGAGCGCACGCACGAGGUGAACGCGUGUCUGGAGGAGCUCUUUGAUGCCGGGGAGGCUCGCGUGCCUGUGGAGCAGUGGGUGCGGAGUCGUAGUGAUUUGGACCUGCCUGGCUCGGCACGCGAGCAGCAUGAGAAGGCCAAGAAGAAGACUCUUGCGGCGCAAUUCAGGCACGCACGUUUUGCUGCACCGCCUUCUCUCUCUGCUGCACCGCCUUCUCCUUCCGCUGCACCGCCUUCUCCCUCCGCUGAACCGCCUUCUCCCUCCGCUGAACCGCCUUCUCCCUCCGCUGAACCGCCUUCUCCCUCCGCUGAACCGCCUUCUCCCUCCACUGCACCGCCGUCUCCCUCCGCUGCACCACCUUAUCCUUCCGCUGCAGCACCAGCCGCUGGCUCGGAUGACAACGCCGCCGCCCCUCCUGCAGUGUGCAUGGCCGACCGGACUACAAUAAUGGCGAUGGAUGCGCUGCAUCUAGCGGAUCAUCUCGGCUGGACGAAAUUCCACGUGGUGGGGCAUUCAAUGGGAGGCAUGAUCGCUACCAAAGUGGCUGCCAUCGCUCCCCACCGAGUGAAAUCCCUGGCGCUUAUCAGCACUAGUCGUGGCGGCUUCUUUUGA